AUGCUUACUCCAUUUGCAUAUUCAAUGGAUAAGGAAAAGAUGUCGGGAUUCAAUGAUGAUGUUCAUUUCUAAGUUAAUAACAGACAUAAGGUGAAUGUCUAGAAAUACUUUGAUUUCGCAGUAUAAAAUCAACCUGACUUCAUAGUUUCUCCCUGUGAGCAGGUAACAUUUACUAGUGGAAAAUAAAAGCGCAAGAGAUCUUAAAAGGCAGCUCUUAAGAAUUUCAUUAACUUCUAAAAAAUAGUCAAAUAAGAGGAUAAGAAUUAAAUGCUGUUGAUGCCAAUAUUACUUGGGGAUAAAGAUGGGCUAGAUAAUUACGAAAUGAGAUAAAUUUAACAAAGAUUUAUUGAUGAAGAUGAGGAUAAAAGCCUUUACUAUUAAGUCUAGCCAGCUGCCUACUCAGAAAUGAAAUAGUUCUUCAAUACUAUGCCUAAAGAAAAGAUUAGAGCACAUCAUGGAAUGGGAACUCCAGUUGAUGUUCUUAAUGGAAUCAUCUCAGGUAUUGAUCUAUUUGAAUCUGACUAUCCAUUAACUAUGGCUGAAAGAGGAAUCGCUAUCUUAAUUGAAGAUGUAAAAAUUUAAAGGAAGGAGGAAUCAUAACAAGGAGAAGAUAGAGAUGACUAUCUAUUCCUAGAAAUGUCUAAAAUGAUGCAGAAAAAAGAUUAAAGGACUUUGGUUUUAUCUAAAGAAGAAAAUAAAACAUCAGAAGAAAAACUAGUCAAGGAAUGUGAAUGCUACACUUGCAAAAACUAUAACAGAGGAUAUCUAUAUCAUCUAUUAGAAGUCAAGGAAAUGAAUGCUAAUAUCCUAAUUGCAAUUCACAAUGUUCAUCAGUAUCAUAGAAUGUUUGAAAACAUUAGAGAAAACUUUGAUGACUUGGAGGGUUACUUUAAAGAAUAUGUGAAAGUAAACUGUGUUGAUAUCGAGGAGUCUUAGUUAGUUAGCAAUGAAAAUGCUUGA